GUUUUUUGUUGAAUGAUAAGCUGCGCACUGGAUUUAGCUUUAACUGGUUCUAAAUCUGGAGCGCAGCUCGUAGUUUUUGAAAGAUUUAUUGACCUGCUGUGCGCAAUUAAUGAUUGAAUGAUUGGAAACCUAAAGCAAGUGCUCGUAUGCAGUAUACAUUUGAACCAAAGGCUCAUUAAAUUCGAUGUACAGUGAAUUGUCGAUUCAGUCUAUUUGUUAUAAUAGAUAAUGUUCUUGUUGAUUACUGAAUUUACUCCUCAAAAUGGAGGAGUAAGCACAGAUUACCUUUCACCUGUACUUCGUGCAUCGCACAUUUAAGCUGCGAGUGUUUUUAGUUCAAAUCCCAUGUAUACUGUAUAUGAAUAGAACCGCGACAACUGAACGGGAUUUUCAGAGCGACUUCGCGCACAAACAACAAUUGCAACGAAAGAGAGAUAUCGGUAAACGAUGACGACGAAACUCCUAUUAUGGCAGCAACUGCAUUGGAGUUUAUCGGUCCAUCAUUAUGCUCGACGCAGUAUGUGCACCUUGUGGCUCUGAAGGUCUGGUAAUCAAUUAACGAUUAUGAUUGUUAAAUCCGAUUUUCGAUGCUGCCAUUCGAUUAUCGAGUAUUUGAAAGUAGUUGCGCACAGCAAGGUUGACUUUUUGCUGUCUCUUAUUGAUUGCUCUGACCGUCACGGAGCUUCAUGGCGGAAUUGUCGAUCUAUGUGCCGGCGCUGAAGCGCAAAGUGACGGCUCGUGAGACGGGCUCAAAUAAGAAAUCGGCUAGCAAAUCUUGUGCUCUUUCGCUGGUACGCCAAUUGUUCCAUCUGAAAGUGAUUGAGGCCUUUAACGGCACCCUGAAAAAGAAAAAGGAUGGGGAAAUGAAGCCGUAUCCCGUUAAGGUUGAGGAAGGACUCAUCAACAAAGUGGAUGAAGUCAUCAAAGAGCUGGAAUUACCCGUGGUUAAUCCCUCCAGUAUUAAACUCGAGGUUGACGGAGCUCCUCUUUCCCUGAUUGUGAGUCAGAGUCGCCCGGAUAGUCAAGCGCAGAACGAUGGCCGCCCAGAGGUUGCUACCGUCAUACCGUGGGCACCACCGCAACCUAACUGGAAUGCCUGGCAUGCCUGUAACAUUGAUGAGGGCGAAUUGGCCACCACCUCCAUUGACCAACUGUCAAUGGAGUAUGAACGUCAAAUACAUAAUCGCCGCCACAACAAUGCCGAAUAUGGAAAGUUUCUGGAGUUUCGUGACAAGUUGCCCAUUGCAGCCAUGCGAGGAGAGAUCAUGACCGCCAUAAAUGAGAAUCCCGUGGUUAUCAUUCGCGGCAACACCGGUUGCGGCAAGACCACACAGAUUGCCCAGUAUAUACUCGAUGAUUACAUUGCAUCCGGUCAGGGUGGCUAUGCCAACAUCUAUGUGACUCAACCACGGCGAAUUUCGGCCAUCUCGGUGGCCGAGCGUGUGGCCCGCGAACGUUGCGAGCAUUUAGGGGAAACUGUUGGCUAUUCGGUGCGCUUUGAAUCGGUGAUUCCCCGUCCAUAUGGCUCCAUAUUGUUUUGUACUGUGGGCGUUCUUUUGCGUAAACUGGAGGCGGGUUUGCGUGGCAUUUCCCACAUCAUUGUGGACGAGAUUCACGAACGCGAUGUCAACACUGACUUUCUACUUGUUAUCUUACGUGACAUGGUCGCCACUUAUCCGGACUUGCAUCUAAUUUUGAUGUCGGCUACAAUUGAUACGACUCUCUUCUCCAAUUACUUCAAUGGCUGUCCGGUGCUGGAGGUACCUGGUCGCGGUUUUCCAGUGCAGCAAUUCUUUCUGGAGGACAUCUUGCAGAUGACACAGUUUGUGCCUACUCCCGAGUUGCGCCGCAAGCGUCGCGAUGCCGUUGACGAAGAGGAAACAAUGGCCAACGACAACGGCGAAAUGGAACAGAAUCUGAAUAAAGUGUGCGAAGACAAGUAUUCGGAUCAAACGCGCAAUUCCAUGGCCAUGCUCUCGGAAUCGGAUGUUAGCUUUGAGCUGCUCGAAUCCCUUUUGAUACACAUCAAAUCGAAGAAUAUUCCCGGUGCUAUUUUGGUCUUUUUGCCCGGCUGGAACUUAAUCUUUGCGUUGAUGAAGUUUUUGCAGAGCACUACCACUUUCGGCAACGAUAGCUAUCUCAUUCUGCCCUGCCACUCGCAGAUACCACGCGAUGAUCAGCGAAAGGUCUUCGAACCUGUGCCCGAUGGCGUCACCAAGAUCAUAUUGUCCACAAACAUUGCGGAGACAUCUAUUACCAUCGAUGACAUUGUCUUUGUGGUGGACAUUUGCAAGGCACGCAUGAAACUCUUCACUUCGCACAACAAUCUCACCAGCUAUGCCACCGUCUGGGCCAGCAAAACCAAUCUGGAACAGCGCAAGGGUCGCGCUGGUCGUGUUCGUCCUGGUUUCUGCUUUACUCUCUGUUCACGGGCUCGCUUCGCUCAACUGGAGGAGAACCUGACACCGGAAAUGUUCCGCACACCGCUCCACGAGAUUGCGUUAACUGUGAAGCUGUUGCGCCUUGGCGCCAUACAUCAUUUCCUGUCCAAGGCACUGGAACCGCCGCCAGUGGACGCGGUCAUCGAAGCAGAGGUCUUGUUGCGUGAAAUGCGUUGUCUGGAUGUAAACGAUAAUCUCACUCCGCUGGGCCGGCUGCUGGCACGUCUGCCAAUUGAGCCGCGGCUGGGCAAGAUGCUGGUGCUGGGCUCCGUUUUUGGCUGCGCUGAUCUCGUGGCCAGCAUGGCCUCCUAUUCGAGCACGUUCGCCGAGGUCUUUGCUUUGGAUAUCGGUCAGCGUCGCUUGGCAAAUCAUCAGAAGGCGCUGAGCGGCUUAAAGUGCUCUGAUCAUGUGGCCAUGAUUGUUGCCUCGCAGAUGUGGCACGCUGCCAAAGUGCGUGGCCUUUCGGAUGAGAUACGCUUCUGUGAUUGGAAGGGAGUACAGAUGUCCACCAUGAAUGUGAUGUACGAGGCCAAAAUGCAGCUGCUCGAUCUUUUGCAGCAAGCUGGCUUCCCCGAAGAGUGCAUGCUAUCCUAUAAGGUGGACGCAAAUAAGGCUGAUGCCAUGCUGGAUUUAUCGGUGGCACUGCUCUGCCAGGGUCUCUAUCCCAACAUCUGUGUGCACAAGGAGAAGCGCAAGGUGCUGACCACUGAAUCGAGAGCAGCGUUGAUCCACAAGACAUCGGUGAACUGCAGCAAUCUGGGUGUAUCCUUUCAAUAUCCAUUCUUCGUCUUCGGUGAAAAGAUUCGCACACGCGCUGUUUCUUGCAAGCAAAUGUCGAUGGUGACGCCACUGCAAGUAAUGAUCUUUGGCUCGCGUAAAAUCGAUUUGGGUCCCAAUAAUACGGUGCGCAUAGAUAACUGGCUCAAUUUCGAGAUGAAUCCCGAGCAUGCGGCCAAAAUUGGUGCACUAAAGCCGGCCCUGGAGGAUCUUAUUACCAUAGCCUGUGAUAAUCCUGCCCAGGUGCUGCACCUGGAUGAACGAUACGCGAAGCUGGUACGCGUCAUUCGUGAUUUGUGCGUGCAGAGUGCAGGCGAUUACCAACUAAGCCGUGAGAAUGGCAUAUUGCCGCAUAUGAGUCGCCUUGGCGGAGAAAGCAAUAGUAAUAGUGGCGAUGGCAGCGGAUCCGGAGGAGGACCACCAACAAAACGUGGUCGCUUCGAUAACGGCAGUGGCAACUUUGGAGGCGGAAGUAGGGACAGAUUUGCAGGCAACAGAGGCGGAGGCUUUGGAAACCAAGGCGGCGGUAGAAACUUUGGCGGAGGCGGUGGACACUAUCAAGGUAAUCAAGGUGGCAGAGGACGUUAUGGUAAUCAGGGUGACAACAGCGGAGGUUACGGUAAUCAAGGAGGCGGCGGAGGAUUCAACAACCGUGGAGCUGGUGGUAAUAAUUAUGGAGGAGGAGACAGCUUUGGGAACAACAGCUACGGGGGUAACAAUAGUACGAACAUCAAUUCAGGAGGCGGCGGCAGUCAAGGAAGAUUUUCCAAUCAACGAGGCUUUUAA